CCGCCGCGGAGGCUCCCCCACCGCUCCCCGGGGCAUGCCCUGGCUCAAGGGCAGGGAUAAAGCCAUGGCCAAAAUGAGUGAUAGCAACUUAGAAAAAUCAACCAUUAUUCAGAAAGCAAUAGCUUCUUGUUGUGGAGCUAUAAUUACAUCAUUAUUUGUAACUCCUCUUGAUGUUAUCAAAACUCGACUGCAAGCCCAAAGCAAUCCAUUCUCCAAAGGAAAGUGUUUUGUAUACUCCAAUGGCCUUAUGGAUCAUAUAUGUGUUUGUGAGAAUGGUGACAGCAAAGCCUGGUAUAAAAAAAGUGGGCAUUUCAAAGGGAUGUUGGAUGCAUUUGUGAAAAUUAUUCAAAUAGAGGGAAUAAAAUCACUGUGGAGUGGACUUCCCCCAACACUAAUAAUGGCACUUCCUACCACAGUAAUCUAUUUUACCUGCUAUGACCAACUGAGUGAAGCUCUGAAAUCUAGACUAGGAAAGGAUGAUGAACACAUUCCAGUUCUUGCAGGUGCCUUAAGCAGAUUUGGUUCAGUUACUGUAGUGAGCCCCCUGGAGCUGAUCAGAACUAGAAUGCAGUAUCGCAAGUUGUCCUACAAGCAACUAUACACAUGCGUUAGCAGUAAAGUGGCUACAGACGGAUGGUUUUCCCUGUGGAGGGGCUGGAGUUCUACUGUUCUGAGAGAUGUACCUUUCUCAGCAAUGUACUGGUAUAAUUAUGAACGUUUCAAGAAGAUGAUGUGCAAGGAAGUUGGUGCACAUGAACCAACAUUUUUUAUUGCUUUUACUUCAGGAGCAGCAUCUGGCUCUAUUGCAGCUGUCAUAACUCUGCCAUUUGAUGUAGUGAAAACACAUAGGCAGACUGAACUUUGGGAGAGUGAGACUUUAAAAAUUCCACAGAGGGACUGUACGUCAACCUGGGCAGUUAUGAGGAAAAUUGUCGCUAAAAAUGGGAUUACUGGAUUAUUUGCUGGUAUUAUUCCACGGCUGUUUAAAGUUGCUCCUGCUUGUGCCAUAAUGAUCAGCACAUAUGAAUACGGAAAGUCUUUCUUUUCUCAUUUAAAUGAAAAAAUGAACCAAUGCCCUUGAUUCUCCUUCUUCCCAUUGUAUGAAGUCAAAAUAUAUGGUGAAGGUUGUGCCAAAUUUGAAUCUGUCAAAGCAUUUUCUAGAAUUCCCAGUGAAUUUCUGUGAUUACAUUUGGUAACCACAUACAACUUCACAAAAACAACUGUUUCACACAGGAUAAAUUCACUUUUUUUCUUAAGACUAAGAAAAUACACAUGACCCUUAAGCUAUCAUUGAAGAUUUUGUUACUUCUCUUGUAGCUAGAGAGAAAAAAGAAAGAAAGAAAGGAGAAGGUGGGGGGGUUGGGGAAUGUGCUCUGACUGUUCUUCAGUGAUGAUUAAAAGGGGAAAAAAAUAGAGGCCGGACAGAGCAAUGAAGAAUAACCACUGUCACUGUGUUAAUUUUCAGUCUGACUAAACAUUUUUGUUGGGUAUUUAAAAUGAUGUUUAGAAAAUGUUUUGGGCUUCCAAUUGUACAAUACAAUUCUUCCUCCAUAAGGAGGUUGAUACAGAAUGAAUUCAAUAAAUGCUUAUUUAUUAUUGCUUAAUA